ACAACAACAGCACACAUGGUCUGCAAAGAAGCAGGUUAUGACUUUAUUGAGCUCAAUGCAUCAGAUGCUCGCUCCAAGCGCACUUUGGAUGAAGUUGUUUCUGAACUUCUUUCAAACAAAACUUUAGCUGGUUUCACUAAGAGCAAAGGCCAGAGUAAUACCAGUGCCAAACAUGCUUUAGUGAUGGAUGAGGUGGAUGGAAUGUCUGGCAAUGAAGACAGAGGUGGAGUUCAGGAGCUGAUCACUCUCAUAAAGAAAUCUAAAAUACCAAUCAUAACAAUGUGUAAUGACAGGAAUCACCCUAAAAUUCGUUCAUUAGCCCAAACAUUGUUUUGAACCUCAGAUUCUACAAACCAAGGAUUGAGCAAAUCAGGGGGCCAAUGAUGUCUAUAUGCUUCCGUGAGGGUAUCCAAAUUAAACCUGAUGCCCUCGAUCAGAUAAUCAUUGGAUCAAACCAGGACAUAAGGCAGAUCCUUCACCAUCUAUCUAUGUGGUCAGCCAAUGAAAAAAAUCUGCAAGUUGGUGAUAUGAAGCGAGAAGCAGAAAAAGCCAAGAAAGACAUGAAAAUG